GCUGCAGGCGGCGGGGGCGGUGCCCCGGCGGGUAGCUGUGGGUGCUGUGGGGAUGGGUCUCCCGCCCUUGCAGGAGUGGGUAGAACGGCGGCCCGCGGUCCUCCUCCGCCCCUCCUCGACUCCCACUUUGGACUUGGUGGCCGAAUACGUUCCAUCCCGUGGAAGGCGAAGCCGGAUUACCGUCACAACCUCGGAGCCCCGAGCAUUUAGCAUUUUGUUCGGGGAAGAUACUACUGACCUUUUGGGAAGAUAUGUCGGAGCAGCCAGGGGGUGGAAUAUUGGCAGGAGUGAAGCGGCUUGAGGUGAUAUCACUAGUGUUUUAACAUGUUGAAGUCGUACAGGGGCUCUUAGCUAUAUGCAUUUCAAGUAUGGACCGUAUGCCUCCUGACUCCUAACUAACAUAGGGUCGUGAAUCAGAGUUCAGUGAGAGCGCAGAAAAAGCAGAGCCCUCCCAGACACCGGGGAGCAGAACCAGCCCGGCUUUUGAAGGGCACUGUCUCCUGGAGCUGUGCGUUCCAAAAGCUCCAGGCCUUCUCUGAGAGGGAGAGCAGGUAAUGGCAGCCAUGCUCCUGACAGCCUGGCCCCAGGGACUUCACGGACACCCUGAAGCACAUCCAUGGACCUCCAUGGACUACAGGGCCUGAGCCAUGGAACUGGCCCUAGGGCAGCAGGAACCUGUUGUUUCAGAAGUCGGUGACCUUCGAGGACGUGGCUGUGUACUUCACUCAGACGGAAUGGAAUGGCCUGUCCCCUGCACAGAGGGCCCUGUACAGGGAUGUGAUGCUGGAGAAUUAUGGAAAUGUGGCCUCCCUGGGAUUUUCGCUUCUCAAACCUGCUGUGAUAUUGCAACUGGAGGGAGCAGCGUUGCUACAAGUUGUUGGAUCCUAUGCCUUUUCCUUUUAGAUAUUGAGAGCCAGACUGACAAUAACUUGACAAAGGAAAUAUAUAAAGAAACACAUAGUACAUCAUUUGAACUUCAGAGGGACUUUUUCCAGGAAACAGACUUUUCAGAAGCCUGUAUUCUAGAGAAACAGCAGGAAGUCCAUUUAGUAGGAAGCAUGAAGAAAGAAAACAGCAGCAUCAUUGAUGCAACGGUGAAAGACAACACCAGCCCCGUGGAGGAAUGUUUCUUUAGUCAGAGUUCAAACUUCUUUCAUUGUCACACCGUCACCACUGGACAGCAGCCCCUUGAACAUAUGGGAUUGGAGAAAGGCUUCAGCUUUGAUACAAAACUUAUUCAGCAUGAACUAAUUAAUUCUGGGGAAAGAACUUUUAAAUGUGAAGAAUUAGUGGAAACCUUCAGGUGUAACUCUCAGCAUCAAAACAGCUACACUGGGGGAAAGCCCUAUCAGUGUAAGGAGUGUGGCAAAGCCUUUAGCGUUAAUGCAAAAUUAAUUUGGCAUCAAAGACUUCAUAGCGGGGAGAAGCCCUUCAAAUGUGUGGAGUGUGGGAAAAGCUUCAGUUACAGUUCCCAUUAUAUCACACAUCAGACCACCCACAGCGGGGAGAAGCCCUAUCAGUGUAAGGUGUGUGGGAAAGCCUUCAGCGUUAAUGGGAGUCUGAACAGGCAUCAGAGAAUCCAUACAGGGGAGAAGCCCUAUCAGUGCAAGGAGUGUGGAAACGGCUUCAGCUGCAGUUCCGCAUAUAUCACACAUCAGAGAGUCCACACUGGGGAGAAGCCUUACGAGUGCACGGACUGUGGGAAAGCUUUCAAUGUUAAUGCCAAAUUAAUUCAACAUCAGAGAAUCCACACUGGAGAGAAACCUUAUGAAUGUAAUGAGUGUGGGAAAGGCUUCAGGUGCAGUUCCCAGCUUAGGCAGCAUCAGAGCAUCCACACUGGGGAGAAGCCUUAUCAGUGUAAAGAGUGUGGAAAAGCCUUCAGUAAUAAUGCAAAACUCAUUCAGCAUCAAAGAAUCCACACAGGUGAGAAACCCUAUGAGUGUACUGAAUGUGGAAAAGCCUUUAGUGUCAAAGGGAAGUUAAUCCAGCACCAGAGAAUCCACACGGGUGAGAAACCCUAUGGUUGUAAUGAGUGUGGGAAAGCCUUCAGGUGUAACUCUCAGCUGCGGCAGCAUCUGAGAAUCCACACCGGGGAGAAGCCUUAUGAGUGUAAUGAGUGUGGAAAGGCCUUCAACGUUAAUGCAAAACUAAUGCAACAUCAGAGGAUUCACACUGGGGAGAAACCCUUUGAAUGUAAUGAGUGUGGGAAAUGCUUUACUUCUAAAAGAAACCUACUUGAUCAUCAUCGAAUCCAUACUGGAGAAAAACCUUACCAAUGUAAGGAAUGUGGGAAAGCCUUCACUAUCAAUGCCAAACUAACUAGGCAUCAGAGAAUACACACUGGGGAGAAACCUUUCAAAUGUAUGGAAUGUGAAAAAGCAUUUAGCUGUAGUUCUGACUAUAUUGUACAUCAGAGGAUCCAUACUGGAGAGAAACCCUUUCAAUGUAAGGAGUGUGGAAAAGCCUUCCAUGUUAAUGCCCAUUUAAUUCGGCAUCAGAGAAGCCACACUGGGGAGAAACCCUUUAGAUGUGUGGAGUGUGGAAAAGGGUUCAGCUAUAGUUCUGAUUGUAUAAUACAUCAGACUGUCCAUACUUGGAAGAAACCCUUUGUGUGUAAUGUGUGUGGGAAAGCCUUCAGGUUUAGCUUCCAACUUAGUCAGCAUCAAAGUGUCCAUGGUGAAGGCAAAUCUUAAUGAGGAGGAGGUGGCAGAAAACUCUCAAGGUUAAUGAAAUGGAUCAAGUAUCAUCAGAUUCCCCCUGGUAGAAAACCCUGAGAGGGAAAUGAAUGGGGCAUCUUCACAUGGAAACAAAUCUUUUCCAUCUUUUAAAAUCAAGAAUGAGGACUGGUUAAAAAGUAACAUCCAAAAGUGAAUAGCUUGUUCUAUACCAACAACCAAUUAGAAAGUAUAAUGAAAGAACGGAUCCCAUUCCCAACAGCAUCAAGAAAAGUGGAUUUUCUUGGGAUAAACUUAAUUAUUAUACACAGGUCUAUGGAGAAGUAAAUCUCCAGUAAGGGCCACAAAAGGAAAAAUUAAUGGGGAGAGAGAGAAACCUUGUUCUUAGCCAGGAAAACUCAAGAUAUUCACUCUACCUAAAUUUACUUCCCUUUGACAACAAGCAUGUAUCACUUUUGUAAAGAGGAUGAACAAUAAAAAUUUCCUUAGAAAAGAUGA